GUAACACACAUGUGCGCAACAUCUGUAUUGUCUCUUUUUUUCAGAAAUACCUUUGAUUUCGCUCUCAGUAUACUGGCGCUCUUCCUCCUGUAAAUAUCUAGCCCGCGCAGAAUCAGGAUAUAUCAAGGAUAUACGAUUAGGAUGAGGCCAUUUUUGCCAAAGUUGUUCGUUAUACUGUGUGUCUGGGGAGCAAUAUUUCUUAUUAUCCUUAGACAUUCCAGUAGGGAAAUGCGGUACAUUCGACAAAAAAUGGGUCUACAGGAAAGAUCAGUCAUUCAUAAGACUAAAAUUGACUACGAAGAUCUGGGCGAUCCAUUUUCUACUUCCAUUCCUCAAACAGUCAUCGUUAUUGAGAAAAAAAAAGAAAAUGGAAAACUGCCGGUUUCCUGUGCAUGUAAAGCAAUUCCUCUGCCUCGUCUUGAGGUCUAUCAAGAACAAUUUUCUGUGAAGAUUUCGUGGACGAACCAGACUUCCUUGGAAGUGCUGGCGAAACAACAUCCCAACUUCCCUCACAGCUUACUCGUAAACACCAGCAAAAUGUUUUGCGAGCUUAUGCCACCUCCACAUAACAUAGAUUGGGAUGAAUCUUAUUACCAGAGCGUGACAGUGUCUGAUACCACAACUUACUUACUUUAUUCCGCUGUAUUGGAUAACCGCCCUCUCACAGAUAUACGCCCUUGUAUCCGGAUCUUGGCGUUUACCAGGGCUAAGAAACCAACCACUCCUUGGUGCUACAUUUGGUUCAACACCACCGGUCCUCCCGCCAUCUCUCAAGUCAUUAGGCAAGAGUUCGUCGACUGGCAGCGGCAGUCAGAAAAGCACCAUAUGUUUUUCCUUCUCACCUGCCGAAUCCCCGAUGGCGAGGCUCACUUGACACCUUUGGCUGUGUCAGUUGUUCGUGCUCCAUGUGAGAAAGCUCAAACAUUGCUGCAGGUAAACGGAGCAAUGCAACGCGCCAGUUCAGCGAAAUUCGUUGGGGCUGACGCAAAAAAAGCUGUGAACGGCACUCCUCUGUGGAACGUGGCCGUGUGUGGACCGGCGCUCUUCUAUUACCAUGACGACAUCUCCAUCCGCUUGGUCGAAUGGCUGGAACUGCUGAGGGCUCAGGGCUUCGCUAAGGUGUUUCUGCUGCAGACUACUGUUCAUCCCAACAUAGAAAAGGUCCUGCAGUACUACGAGGCGGAUGGCUUUGUUGGUAUCACAAAAUUCUUAUACCCAGUACCUUACGCCAACGAACCAAAUCUCCGAAGGCUGUGGGUUUUGACAGAACGGGUAAAACUCUUCGCGAUGGAGAAUCUAUACUUCACUGAUUGCCUUCUUCGCCACAUGCACGAGUACCGCUUCAUCGCCCACAUCGACCCUGACGAGAUGCCGAUGCUGCCGCACCACGACUCCUUCCCCGCUUGGCUGCACGACCAUAUUCGAAGAGCAAAUUCAACAAAUCUACAUUCAUCCUACAACCUGGCCUGGUACUACCACCACAGCGACCUUGAGCCAGCCAAGUCCCUCCCGAAGUACCUCUGGUUUCUGAGACACACGAGGAGAACAACCUUAAACGUCUUCCCCUCUCUCAGUAAACCCACCUACGACAUGGAUGUUGUUACUGGCGUCUACUCGCACGGAACAGUAACCUGUGCUUAUGGGAAAUGCAGGGAGAAGCCCUACGCAUGUCCACGGAAGGAAGCGUACCUUGGGCACUACAGGAGGGACUGCGGAGAGGCCUGCAAGACACCGGGGUCUGUGUUGAACGUACCUAGUCUCCUGAAGUACAGAGAUCAAGUGUCCUCGAAUGUCCACAAGGUUUUGACAAAAUUAGAGUUGAUAUGACAGCUGAAGGACAUCCUGGUUGCUAGUCCUUAUUGACAUUUUGUAUGGAUGUAUGAAAUGCUCUUGAAUUAUUCAAGUCCUAUUGCAUCACAUGCCAAGAAAAGAGGAAGCGCAAUCAGACUGCUGAGGUUUUCGCGAAGCCCCUCUUGAGCAGCGAAUUCAACUCCCGUGGCCAGCUUGACCUUGUGGAUAUUGUAGUAGCAUGACCCCGCAACCUGAAGCUCAGCGUACUUCCCAGGUUGGGUCACGCCCGGUCCGCCGCCUUGUCCGCACUCAUUGGACAGCGGGCUCCCCUCGUUCCCUG